GGAGCUCUGUUACAUAGUGUUUUGAUUAUCCCAGUAAACACAAAGCGACAAUUAUUCCUCUCUGCUUAGUGAGAUAUAAUAUCCUUAUUUAAGCAUGCAAAACGACAGCGAAGAAGUUGCAAUGAAAGAAGCAAGAAGACGUGAACGUCAAGCAGGGUUGGAGAAUUCAGACAACGUUAUUGGGUUAUGUGGCUGGCUGUUGAUCGGGCUUUCUCUUCUCUUCACUCUGCUCACGUUGCCCAUCUCCAUUUGGAUGUGCAUUAAGAUUGUGAAGGAGUAUGAGAGAGCCAUUAUAUUUCGCCUGGGGCGCAUUUUGCGAGGAGGAGCCAAAGGUCCAGGGCUGUUCUUCAUCGUGCCGUGCACUGACAGCUUUAUUAACGUGGACAUGCGCACCAUCACCUUCGACAUCCCACCGCAAGAGGUUUUGACCAAAGACUCUGUGACAGUGAGUGUUGAUGGUGUGGUGUACUACCGGGUCCAGAAUGCUACCCUGGCUGUGGCUAACAUCACUAAUGCAGAUGCUGCUACCCGGCUGUUGGCCCAGACUACCCUGAGGAACGUCCUGGGUACAAAGAACCUGGCAGAGAUCCUGUCUGACCGGGAGGAAAUCGCACACAGCAUGCAGUCCACUCUUGAUGAUGCUACCGAUGACUGGGGGAUCAAGGUGGAGCGAGUGGAGAUCAAAGACGUCAAGCUGCCCCUUCAGCUUCAGAGAGCCAUGGCUGCUGAGGCGGAGGCAAGCCGCGAGGCCAGAGCCAAGGUGAUAGCGGCCGAGGGGGAGAUGAAAGCCUCACGGGCGCUGAAGGAGGCCUCUCUGGUGAUCUCAGAGUCGCCCUCAGGCCUGCAGCUGCGUUACCUUCAGACCCUCAACACCAUCGCAGCCGAGAAGAACUCCACCAUCAUCUUCCCGCUGCCGCUGGAGAUGAUGCAGGCCUUCGUCAAACACUGAGGGAAGUCUCAGGAAAAAAAUGCAUUCACUCUCUCAAGAAUAUGCAUUACUCAAACACACACACACACAUAUUUAGAUUCUGUCUGCUGAGCGACAUAAAAAAAUAUAAAAAUAUGUUAUUGCAUUUUAACACACCUUAAAGACUAAAGCAGUCAGUCCACUUCUACCCACGUUUUGAGGGAUCUAAAGUCUGCUUUGAUUAUAAGCUAAGAAAGAAAACUGCAACCCAAACUGACUUAGUUACUUCAUUUCAAAAUUGUAAUUUUGUUUUGCUUUUAGAUAAACAAGACGACUUGAGGCAAAAAGCCGGGUAUGAAAUGUUUAAUUAAGAACAUUGUUGCUUUGCUCAGAUCGCCCUGACGGAUGUUUUUAAAGUAUUGUAUGAGAUUUGAACAAAAAUGGUCACAUUGCAGCAGAAGCUUAAGCCUUCAUCCUGCAGUUUUACGUAUUUUUCAUUGUAUGCUUCUAAUGUGUCAAAAUCAGAGAAAGAGCCCCAAAUCCAAAGUUGUACAUGUAAUGAAAGCAAAGUGCCUGCUGCAUAAGAGGCCUUACAACCGGACACACAAAUACACACAUACACAUACAUUUGUGCUUCUUUUUUCUCCUUCUGCAACUACUGCCAGCUCAUCAUUAUCAUCAUAUGCUGCAAACCUUUAAUCCCUAAGACCCCUGCCUAUUUUAUAUAGUUUUUUCCUACUGUCAAAAGUAAACUCAUUGUUUUCUUAGAGGUGCCAUUACAUGCUUUAUCUUGACUUAGGUGUAAAACUCCAACACAAUGAACUGACAAUGCAACCUCCAGGACAGGAGGUACAGUUUACGUUUCUGUACUUCAGCCGCUCCCCUAACCUUCUUCACUUUAGGGAAGGGAGAGACAGAAACACUGGUAUGCUGGUUUAAAGAUUAACUUUGCCUUUUGAAACAUUAAGUAUUUAAAAUAUGGUGCAUUACCAGACUGAAGGAGAAAACACGCUCAACUUCUUUUCAACGUAGAACAACUGGCAGCUGAAUCCCGGAAAAUGUUCAAACAAGAAAAACAAUUAGGACAGCACUCCAAAAUUGUAUUUUAAUUGCCACGUGAACGUUGCUUCUUUAGCGUGUAGCAGGCAAUUUUUUUUUUACCUGACUGAACAGGUAAACAUUUUUAGUGUCGUGAGAUAAAUUGAUGCAAAAGAUUGAAGGAUGAAAUCUCGGUGGAUUGUGUAGAGUUUACUUCAUCACAAUAACCAGCAUGAGAGUGGCAUACAGAAACACACACACACACACACACACACACACACACACACACACAGACACACACACACACACACACACACACACACACACAGACACACACAGACACAGACACACACAGACACACACACAGACACACACACACAGACACACACAGACACAGACACACACAGACACACACACAGACACAGACACAGACAGACACACACACAGACACAGACACACACACAGACACACACACAGACAGACACAGACACAGACAGACACAGACAGACACACACACAGACACACACACAGACACACACACACAAACACACACACACACACACACUCGUAUAUGUUUACAGUAUGCUCUCUAUUCAUACACUAUGCUCUAUUUGGAGGGCUGGACAAAUGCUAAGGAUCAGCCUCGAUUAGCUGCACAGUUGGUUCUGUGGGUAAUGUAGUCGCUCUCGUUAUUGAGCCCCUUCCUGUCUGGUGAAAACAGGGACUGUUAAAUGUAUCGCAAAUCUGUCAGCCAUAAGCCUUAACUUAACUGCCAUAGAGUCAUUUUACCACCUACUCUCACAUUUCUAUGCACUUUCAAAUGAAACAAAGUAUUUUAUUUAUCUAUUAACAACAGGACUUUAUCACAUUAUGCUCUAUCAAAGCAAACAAGCCAAAUAGUUACCCAUCUUUGUAUGUAUCUUAUAACUGACAUAUUAUUGUAAUACCUGUCCUCCUUUUGACAUAUGAAAGGACAGGAGUGUUGGAAAAUGUACGUUACAGUAUCUUCUGUGUGUCUUUGUAGUGUUA